AUGAAACGCUGUGUAUUUGUGAUAGAGUUCCUGUGGCUAAGAGAGCUUUACGCGGCUACAAAAGGGUUUCACUCGACUAGAGUCAUCGGAAGAGGAGCGUUUGGGAAGAACGUGUACAGAGCCAUCAGCCAUGUUUGUGCCAUCGAUCAUUGCUUGCUUGCGGCACAAGAAUCUUGCAGGGUUGGUGUAAGGAGAAGGGAGAAUUGCUUCUCGUCUAUGAGUUCGUGCUUAAUGGAGAUUCUGUAUCAAGAAUCAGAAGCAGGAGCUGUCUCUCUAGACUGGUCACACUCACACAGGGUCAACGUUGCGAUUGGUUUAGCUUCGGCUUUGUCGUAUCUCCACCACGAAUGUGAGCAGCAAGUGGUUCACAGAGACAUAAAGACAAGCAACAUAAUGCUCGACAUAAACUCCAACGCAAGGCUAUGA